AUGCCUCCAUCUAAAUUACAUUCUUGUAAAACUAAAACAUCAAAUCAAAAUAUCACUCAAUUUAAAUCAAUUGAUGAUACUGAUACUUACAGUUGUCAUAGUAACACUGAUUCAAAAUCAUUUGAAUCGACAAAUUAUAAAAUACCAAAAUCCACUCAACUUUAUUAUCCAUUAAAACAUUGUAAAAUAACAAAUAAUAAUAAUAAUAAUAAUGAUUUAAUUUAUAAAACCAAUUUACAACAAGAUAAAUUGAAUAAUCAAAUUAAAUCACAAUUACAUACAUCUAUAACAAAAUUACCAAAAUCUAUGAUACAUAAACAAAUAAAAUUUAUAGAACAUGGAUCACAAGGUAAUAAGAAAAAUACUACCGUAGCAACAAUAAAAAAUACAAUUUCAACAUCAAAACAAUCAGAAAACAAAAUGGUUACACAAACAUCACCUAUUUUAACAUCGAUAAAACAUGAUGAACAAUAUUUGAAAUCAACUUUAAUCAGUAAACCAAAACAUUCAUCACAAGUUCAGCUAGCCAACACUAUCACUAAUCAUCAUAAUACAUUUGAUAAAAGUAAUGUUAAUCAAUAUAUGAAUAUUAAUAAUAAUAAUAAUGCUGAAAAAAUAAUGCUUAAAGAUAUUAAAUCUUAUCCUCCAAUACGAAAAUUAUCAACUAGGACUAAUAAUAAGAAUAAUAUACUUAAUACUCAUAAUCACCAUUCAUUAAUACCUGUAUUCCAGGGGAAGUUAAUUAGUUCCACUGUUCCGAUGACAGUAAAUACUAUUACUACUACUACGACGACGACGAUGACGACGACUACGACUACAAACACUGUCGUAUCUAGUUGUUUCAUGUCAAAUUUAGCAUUGAAAAAGAAUUAUUUAGGUUAUAAUUUAGAUGAACAGAACAUAAAACAAAUUAAUAAAUAUACAAGUUUCAAAGAAACUGAUCUAACUCCUAAAUAUUUAGACAAUAUUAAAAGUGCAUCAGUAUCAGAUUUAAGUCAUUCCGGUUUAAGAAUUAAUCAUAAAAUUAUGGAUAAUAGUAAUAAUCAUAAUCAUAAUAAACCAAUGGAAAUAUCACCUUUAUUGAGUAAAUCAUCAUCUGGAAUAAUCAAGACAGAAUUGAAUUCAUUCAGUGAUACAUCCAUUACACUGGAUCCUAUAAAUCAUCAUCCUAAAAUAACAAUUAUUCGUGAAAAUAAUCAUAAUCAUGUAAAAAUGAAUUCAUAUCCAAAAUUACCAAUUACAACUAGAUCAGCUUAUAGAAAAGAUAUCCAAUUACAUAAUAAUAAUACUAAUAAUAGUAAUAUUCCAAGUUAUAAAUCAUCAAUUAGUCAAUCUCCAUUGUCAAAUAUAUCUUGUGAAAGUUUACCUAAUGUAAAUAAUUCUAUCAUAAAACAAUUUAAUUCAUCAACAUUAUAUCUGAACAAUAAUGAUAAUAAUAAUUAUUAUAAAAUGAAUGAUAUUACAUGGAAGAUUCCUGAUACAAUAGAACGAUAUAAUUCAAAUGAAGAGAUUGGGGUAGAUCUUUCAACUUCAGAAAAAAUUAUGCAAUAUACUACUAAUAAUACAAUUACUACUAUUACUACAACAACAACUACUACUACUACUACUGCUACUAAUAGUAAUAAUAAUCAAUCAUAUAUAAAUAAAAUUGGUUUAUUGAAACAAUAUGGUCAUUAUAAAUCAACACCAAAUAUAAAUACAACACUAAAAAAAUCAAGAACACCAAUAAAAUUAACAAAAGUUAAAGAAGAAUAUGUGACACAUAUAGCUAGACCAUUAAAACCGGAAUUCGGUAUGAAUCAUUAUAAUGCAUUCAGUGAACAAGAUUUAUCUGGGAGAAUGAUAAAAUUAAGUGAGAAAGAAAACAAUCGAAGACAUAGUGAAUUGAAUUAUUUGCAUAGUCCAUAUGAUCAUUAUUCAUAUCAACAUAUAAAUCAAAAGAAAUUAAAUGGUGAUAUUGACGAUAAUGUUGACAAUGUUCAAUCAACAACAUGGAGACAUAAUAGUUAUGACCGAAAUUUAGAUAAGAAAUCAGAUGAAGAUCCUAUUCAACCAAUCAUUAUACAAAGACAUUAUGGUUCAAAUAAUUUUAUUUCAAGUAAACCAUUUGAUAAGAAUAACUUAUUAUGUUCUGAACACCAUAAUGAUCAAUCUAAUCAUUAUUAUACAAAAAAUUUACAUUCAGAAUCUCCAUCAGAUCAUUUUAAUGGUCAUUUAAGCUAUCAUCCAUCUGAAGAAUCAUUAUUAAACGAUACAAAAGCAUUGAAUGGAUUUAAUAAUAAUCAUGAUUAUUGUAAUUAUUCACAAUCAUUAAAUCAUAAUUACAUAUGUAAUGGAAUUAAUUCGAUGAAUGAUACAAAAUUAAGUGGAAUCUAUAAAAAAAUUAAUCAGAAACAACCUAAUCGUAUAUUACCUAGAAGGCCACGUUCAUUAAUACAAGAUAAUCAUUAUGAUAUUAAUAUUAAUAAUAAUAAUAAUAAUAAUCAAUAUGAUUUAUCCAAUGAAUUACGUAAUAAUCAUGGUUACAGUCAUAAUAAUAUUUAUGAUAGUUUACAUAGUAAUACUAAUGGGUACUACAAUUAUAAAGAAUCCAUUGAUGAUUUACAUUCGAUUACACCGAAUCUAUUCCGAAAAUAUGAUUCUCAACAAUCAUAUCAUAGUAAUAAUACUAUAAAUGAUAAUAUUAGUAUAAUUACGGAUGGUUAUAAUUCAUAUGACUAUCGAUGUAAUAAUAAUAAUAAUAAUGAAAUAGUUAAUAAAACACGAACAUGGACAAUAACAGAUCUUGAUGUUGCCUUUCACCCAGAUUCAUAUAUUGCUAAUAAACGAAAAUAUAAAUCUAAUUAUAAUGAAACAUAUCAUAGAUUAAAUGAUUUAAUAAAUUUACAACAUAGUACUACAGAAUACAAUUUAAAUACAGCCAGUACUACUACUACUACCACUACUACUACUACUACUAACAAUAAUAUCAGUAGUAUAUCAUGCCCUAUAACUAUGAAUACAAUCAAUCCUAUCAAAUCAUUAACACCGAUUUCAAUUAAAAUUCAACAAAAUAAUAAACAAUUAAAUCAAUAUGAAUUAGAUCAUUCAAUAAGUGAUAUAUGUUCAACAAAUUCAUCAUUAUCAGAUCAUACUACUAAUGGUAUGAAUUAUUCCUAUCCAACUCAUUCAUUAUCAUUAUCAUUAAAUAGAGAUAAAAGAAAAGAUCAUCAUACUAAUAUUACCACUACCAAUAAUAAUCAUAAUAAUGUAUGUUAUAAACAUCGUACAUUACCAUUAUUACCUAAUUCAAAUGAAUAUCAACACCACCAUCACAACAACAAACACAACCAUCACCACCACCACCAACACCAAUAUCCUUAUAUUCCAUUAACAUCAUCUCAAUUAAUUACACCUAAAAUAACAUGGCGUAUAAAAAAUUCUAAAGAAAAUUAUUAUAAUAAAAAAUUAUUAAAAUUAAUUGAACAAUUACCAUAUAAUAAACAAAAUUCAAUUGGUUUAAUAUUAUUAACAAUGGAUGUGAAAUUAUGUAAUUCUAUACAUAAUCCAUCCGAUAUUAAUCAUAAUAAUAAUAAUAAUAAUAAUAAUAAUAAUAAUAAUAAUGGUAAUAGUAAUAAUAAUAGUAAUAGUCAUAGUAACAGUAAUAAUACUGGUAAUUAUUCCGAUAUAUUCUCUGGUGGUUUAGAAUAUCGUCUACGUGAAGCAUUACAAUUAGUGGAACCAAAUAAUAAAUUAAUGAAUGAAUUUGAUUAUUGUCAUUAUAAAACAAUAAAUGAAUUAAAUAAAAUAGAUUUAAAUAAAAUUAUUGAUGUUCGAAGUAGAAAAAAUGUCAGUGAAUCCAAAAAAUCAUCAACCAACUUUGUUAAAGAAUCACCUAAAGAAGAUGGUCGUGAAUCUGGAAUAGAUCCAGAUACAUUAGACGAAACAUCAACAUCAAUGAUUGGAAAUUCUUUAAGCUUAAAUGAUAUGAAAUAUACUACUAAUGAUCUUAGUCAUACUACUGAAGUACACAAACCAAAUGUAAUUACAAUAUUAAGACGAUUAGCAAGAUAUUUAGCUUUACGGAUAGCCAAUAAACGUCAUAGUCUAGCUACAGCAAAUCAACAUGUUGCAAGAAAUGCCAUUGAAGAAAAACUUUUACGUUCUAGAUUAAGUGAAUUAAAUACCGAUCAUUAUUAUCAUCAUGAUAAUAUAAUGAAUAGUUGGAAUUCAUUAAAUUCAAUUGAAAUCAAUCAUGGUACAAUUGUGAAUCGAUUUGAUCGAUUACAUAAUAAUACAAUUGCUGUUAUUCAAUUAUUAUGUCAAUUAGCAAGACGUUUAGCUAUAUUAGAUGGACAAUUAUAUUAUUUAAAUAAAAAUAAAUAUAAUGAUCAUGUUGUAUUAUUAUGUAAUAACAAUAAUAAUAAUACUAAUGAUAAUCCGUCAUUAUUAUCCUAUAAUCAUGUGACAUCAUUAACCUCUGGUACAUCAUCAAUUCUAUCAAAUCACUUCUUGAAUGAUUUCAACAAUAAUAAUAGUAAUACCAAUCGGAAUAGUAACUGUGAAUUGUCACAAAUUAUUGAACAACAAAAACGUUUAAUUAUACAAAUUAAAGAAGCUCAAUUAUUACGAGCUGAAUUAGAAACAUGUCGACAUCGUUUAUUAGAAAGUAUACCGGGUCAUAUAAAAUGUGAUUUAACACAUAAUAUGAUUGAUAAAUUAGGAAGAGAUUUCACUAAUGAUAAUAAUAAUAAUAAGUCUACAACAAAUACUACUAAUCAAAAUAUUAGUAAUCAUAAUACAACAGAAUGUAAAUUAACAUCAUAUACAAAUAGUGAAUUGAAUCAACAAAAUCAAACAGAUCAGAAUACUACUACUACUAAUGAUAAUAGUAGUAAUAAUAAUGAAAAAUCAAUAUCCAAUAAAAUGAAUGAACAAGAAGAUCAAUUAAAUUGUCAACAAUCGAUUAUGAAUACAACACAAUUACUUAGACAACGUGUUACUGAACAUUUAAUUGAAUUUUUAAAUUGGUUUGUAUUAUCACAAAUAUUUGAAACAGAAAUCAAAGUAGAUCAAGAUUUAUGGGAAAGUAUUCAAGAUGAAUUAAGAUUUGAAUUAUCCUAUUAAAUCUAUUCAAUUAAUCUUUAUUUAAUACUUACACAUUAUUUGUGAAGUAUUUUUGUUGUUGCUGCUGUUGUUGUUGUUUUAAUUUAUUAAUAAAUAUGUACAAAAAAAAAGAGAAAAAGAAAAGAAAAACACAAAGAGAAUCUUUCAAAGUAAAAAAAAAUAGAAAUAGGGAUUCAAAAAAACAAAACAACCACCGCCACCACCACCACCACCACCACAACAACAACAACGGCACUCAUGGUGAUACAUAAAAAAUCGAUUAUUUUUUUGUUUUGUUUUUUUCUUGAUAAAUGAUAUUCAAUAUUCUUAUUUAAAAGAUGACAUAAUAAUUUUAUUGUUGUAUUUAAAUUCUUUUUUUCAAAUCAAUUUUCCCGCCUCUUUUUUUUGAAAUUUUUAUUUGUUUUUUUUUGUAUUUUAUGUAAUGUGAUUGUGACUUGUUUUUGUUUCCAACCAUGAUAUUAACAUCAUUGAUAAUUGUUAACAAUAUAAAUGUGUAUAUUCAUUAUAUAGAUAUAUAUGGGGGGAUUGUUUUGUCGUCAUAAUGAACUCCCUUCCACUGAUACAAGCAUAUUUGUCUAUAUAGACAUACUUACUUAGUUACUUACUUACACACACAUAUAUAUACAUACAUACAUAAAUACACAUGUACACCUAAUAUAUCAUUCAUUAUAUUUAGAUAUUAUCAAAUAUAUAUAUAUAUACUCAUUCUGUGAACUAAUACUUUCCUUUUUACUGUAUCUUUGAUAAUGUUGUGUUUGUUUGUUUUUGGAUUAAAAUAAUGUUGGAACUGGGUUUUCAUCAUAAGAUGUCGUAAGUCUUCUAAAAUGAAGAUCAUCUAACUUCUACGACAGAGUUUAAAUUAUUUUUUUGGUUAGUGUCUUUAUACCUAGCCCGUCUGUGCUUGUGAUUGGUAGUAACAUCAAAGGAGCUCCAGACGGAGUUAAAAGCAAGCUGAUUUGUAUGAUAAUUCUGAUUGAAUGUAUAGUCAUUAUAUAUAUAAG